AGUAAUUCAUUAAUGGUCUUCUUCAUGCGAGUGGACAGUAACUAGCUAAAAAUUAGUCGGGGCAAGUCACCUAAAGCCAAAGGCUAAAGCUUGAGAGGUGAGAAUCACAGAAAGUGGGAUCCUUUCUAAAGUAUUUCACUUGGCAGGUUAAAAAAAGCGACAGAAAAAGAAUUCCGAGAAAAGAAAAUGCAUAAAAUUAAAGAAAGAAAGCUCAGAGUCAGAGGUAUUGCAAGAACACUUGCCUUUUAGCGUAUAUCAAGUAGAUGGUUAAUGUUAUAUACACACCAGAAUACAAACAAAAGGCAUUACAACACCCAACAAGACUCUUCCCCACACCAUCUCCUCCUUUCUCCUUCUACCCAACAAUGGAGUGACCCUUUUCCUGUCCCUCUACUACCGGGCACAACCCUCCAUCAUCACCACCACCUUUCUCUCUUCUUAUCCUGCAUACCCAUUUUCUUGUCAAAGAUAAAUUGGAUCAUUAUGUCAACUACCGAGAUUGGGAUAUCUUGAGAGAGGAGAUUGGAGUUGGCUUAACUGAGAGAUGUGGGAUGCUUCAGGCAUUGAUGAAUCUGCUUUCUUCAUGCUUUAGGCCGUUUGGGCAUGAGAGCCGCACAAGUGGCAAGUUUGAGUCUGUUGGUAGGGAAGGGAAAGACGGGUUGCUUUGGUAUAAAGAUAUUGGGAGAUAUGGGUCUGGAGAUUUUUCAAUGGCUGUUGUGCAAGCUAAUCAAGUACUCGAGGAUCAGAGCCAGAUCGAAUCUGGAUCCUUUGGGACUUUUGUUGGCGUCUAUGAUGGUCAUGGUGGCCCUGAUGCCUCUCGCUAUGUUUGUGAUCAUUUGUUCAGGAACUUUCAAGCCAUAUCAGCUGAGGCUCAAGGAGUUGUGACUGCUGAGACUAUUCAAAGAGCAUUUCAUGCAACUGAAGAAGGGUUUACUGCUCUUGUGUCUGAGAUAUGGGAUACUUAUCCCCAAAUUGCAACUACUGGAUCUUGCUGUCUAGUUGGAGUCAUAUUUCAGCAGACCCUCUUUGUGGCAAAUUUGGGAGAUUCUCGAGUCGUGUUGGGGAAGAAAGUUGGUAACACUGGAGAAAUUGCUGCUAUUCAGUUAUCAACAGAACAUAAUGCAAACAAUGAGGCUGUCAGGCAGGAACUUAAGGAAUUACAUCCAAAUGAUCCCCAGAUUAUUGUCCUUAAGCAUGGAGUUUGGAGAGUAAAGGGGAUUAUUCAGGUUUCCAGAUCUAUAGGCGACGUGUAUAUGAAGCAUGCAAAGUAUAACAGAGAACCAAUUAAUGCAAAAUUCAGACUCCCUGAACCAAUGAACAUGCCUGUCUUGAGUGCUAAUCCAACAAUCCUUUCUCAUCCUCUCCAUCCAAAUGACUCCUUCCUUAUAUUUGCAUCUGAUGGGCUUUGGGAACACUUGAGUAAUGAAAAAGCUGUGGAUAUUGUCCAUAGUCAUCCACAUGCAGGAAGUGCCAAAAGACUUGUGAAGGCUGCACUCCAAGAAGCAGCAAGAAAAAGGGAGAUGCGAUAUUCAGAUCUUCGUAGGAUUGACAAGAAGGUUCGACGCCAUUUUCAUGAUGAUAUAACAGUCAUUGUUUUAUUCUUAAAUCACGAUCUUGUUUCCAGAGGCACAGUGCAAGACCCUCCACUCUCCAUCCGAAGUGCUCUCGAACACUGAUUGAUUAUUCAAGCUCUUCCUCACAUUCUCUGCUUCUCCUCUGCUCCUCAUCCCAAAAUAUAUAUAUUUGGACGCCAUAGUCUUAUCUAUAUGGAUAUAGAGCUGAACCUCCUCAUUGUGAGAGGCUCAAAAAUUUGUAUGUUCUUUUUUUUUUAAUUAGUUUAGUUUAAUUUGAUUGAAAUCUACUUCAAUUUUAUCUUUCA